AUGUCCAGCCUGUUUAUACAAGUCAGAAGAUCAAAGGAAAAAUCAAACCAAAGGAACAUGAACUCCAAUUGUGAAUCAACAAAACGUUGCUUAUUAUUUCAAGUGUGGUCACACUGUGUGAUGCAGACUAAGUUGGCUUCAUGAGUCAACACUUACAUCAACGUGUGGAGGAACACAAGCGAUAAACAAUCGGCAACCACAUAAAGGAUGAGUAUGGAAAGGAUCUGGAGACAGUUACAAGCAAUUUCAAAAUCUUAAAAAAGUGUCAGAGCAAACUCAACUGCUUGACCUCUGAAAUGCUCUUUAUUCAUGAACUCAAACCAAAACUAAACAAAGAGUGUGACUCAAUCCACGCGAAGCUAUUUAUUUUAUGA